UCAAAGCGGCAAAAACCGCUUCAGUCCUUUUUUUUAUAAAAAAGACAAGCAGUAUGGGAAGGAACGUCGCAGAAACACUUUUGGCAUUGAUAUCGGGUCCUGACAUGUUUAGAGAAGAGGAGAGAGAGAGAGAAAGAGAAAGAAGGGGAAGGAGCACUUUCUUAUAUUUCUUCAUAGUUGGAACUGAAAUAGCAGACUGCAGUAUUUGUACGUGGGAAAUGACACGCUCAUUGCAGCAGCUGCUCCAAGACUACUUUGCAAAGAAGCGCAUCUACAAAAAACGUUUAGUAACCAAAGAUGGACACUGCAACAUUGAGUAUGGUAACGUGAGGUACAGCAAUCGCUUUGCGUACAUGCAGGACUUUUGGACCACCUUUGUGGAGAUGCGUUGGCGGUUCAUUAUUUUAUAUUUUGUGGCCUCCUUCACUCUCAGCUGGUUCCUUUUUGGACUUAUUUGGUACUGGAUUGCUCAUAAUAAUGGUGACCUUUGGUGGCAAAAUCCACCUUCAGACCACAAACCAUGUAUAUAUAAUGUAUUUGGCCUCACAACUGCCUUUCUUUACUCGCUUGAAACACAGAUGACUAUCGGUUACGGGCUGCGAGUACUUAGUCCAUACUGCCCUGGUGCUGUCACCUUAAUAAUUAUCCAGUCCAUCAUUGGUUUAUUUAUUAACAUCUUCUGGUGUGGACUGGUUAUGGCCAAAAUCACCCUACCAAAGAGAAGAUCCAAGACCAUUACUUUCAGCAAAAUGGCAGUUAUUUCCCCCAAAAAUGCUGCCCUCUGUUUGCAGAUAAGAGUGGCCAAUUUGCGCAAAACAUUAAUGAUUGGAUCCCAGCUGUAUGGCAAACUGCUUAGAACGACUGUCACUCCAGAAGGCGAGACCAUCAUUUUGGACCAGGUCAAUGUUGAUUUUAUGGUUGAUGCUGGAAAAGACAAUCUCUUCUUUGUUUGUCCUUUGACAUUGUAUCAUGUAAUUGACAAGACAAGUCCAUUUUUUAAAUUUGCUGUGGACACACUUCUUCAGCAGGAGUUUGAGCUGGUAGUAUUUUUGGAUGGUAUAGAUGAAUCCACCAGUUCUUCCUGCCAGGUCAGAACUUCCUACAUCCCUCAGGAAAUUAAAUGGGGUAACAAGUUCCUCCCCAUCAUCUCCCGGAGCAAAGAAGGGAAAUAUCAUGUGGACUUCUCCAAUUUUGACAAACUGGAGCCAAUACCAACCGCACACUGUGCUCAUUGUUUCUACAAUGGCCCAAACCAUCAUCAUCAUAGCUCCAAAAUUGGCAUUGACAACCAGGGGUUUGAGGUGAUUGAAGUUGAUGAUCAAAUCAGAGAUACAGAGAUGUAAGCCCUCUGCAUUCACCACAGUGUAUUUGCUUUUUUUAAUCAGACCACAAGCUUUGUAGUCUGGAUCAGUGCUCUACAUCACAAAUUAUAUGUCAAUUGAAAAUGGAAACUUAAGGCACAUAUAGGCAAUUUUUAAGCUUUAGAGGUAUUGACUGAAAAUAUGCUCUAGGUUUCUAUUUUCAACUUAUUCAAAUAUUUAUUGUUAUAAAAAUACAAAUACAUGGCUUGGGAUCUGUCGGAGUUACGUAUCUCUUUGUAACAGGUGUGUUUUUAAUAAUUUUUUUUUUCUUUUAGUGCUAAGAAAUGCACAUCUGUUUGGAUAACUGUCUGUAUGGAGUCUCAGAUAUUCUCCCUGUGUUUAUAUUUGUUUCGUCUGUAUUCUUAUUUCAUUCAGGUUUUAUCCCGGGUGUAGAUAUUUGUUCCCACAUAUUUAUUUGCUAUUUUUGUUGUAUUGAUUGUUUGUAUUGUGCUUCUGUCAAGUCUAAGAAAUUAUUUAUUUAUCUAUUAUUUGUAUAUAUUAAAGAAAUAUGGUCAAUGUCUUAAAACAUAAUUUCCAUGUUGUAGUUGUUUUUUUGGCUUGUUUGAUCUGUUAAUGUGAUUUCAAAUAAAUUGUGUAUAUAUAUGUAUAUAUGUAUACAAAGAAUGUAAAGGUUACCUGUUAAACCUGCAAUAUUCUUAUAUUCUCAAAAAAUUAUAA